UAUGAGCGAAAAUCCUUUUGAGGUCUUAAAAGAAGACAUGGAAAAUGAAGAAGUUUAUUUAAAAGUCAAUGCUAUGCAUAGAGUGAAAGUUGUUGCCACUUUAUUAGGUAAUGAUAAAAUAAAGUCAUAAUUAAUACCAUAUUUUGAAAGUAAUAGCAAUUAAUUAAAGUAGGUCUAUUAAAAAAAGAAGAUGAUGAAGUACUUUUUGCAUUAGCUGAAGAAUUAGGAAAUAUUGCGUAAUUAAUAUUUGAUUAUAAUUAGUUAAAUUAUCCCAAAUUAAUCAUCUUGUCUAUUGCCACUCCUUGAAUAAUUGGCAGGAUUUGAUGAAACUGUUGUAAGAGAAUAGGCUGUUAGAUCCAUUACUAUAGUAUGUGGAUUUUUAGCAGACAAUGAAAUAGCUAACACUAUAGUACCAAUGGUAAAUAUUUCUUUUACAAUUUUAUAGAUUCUUAGAUUAGCAUCAAAUGAUACUAAUUUUACUUGUCGUGUAUCAGCAGUCAGUUUGAUGUGUCCAUUAUAUGCUAGAGCAGGCAAUUAAAAAGAGAAAAUUAGACAGUAAUUCAAAUUUAAAUAUUAAUUAGAAAGUUUACUGAGUUAUGUAGUGAAGAAACACCUAUGGUAAGAAGAGCUGUAGCUACUAAAAUUGGAGAAAUUGCUUAAUUUAUGGAUAAGAUCCAUGUAAUUCAGGAUUUGAUACCUGUUUUAAAAUAACUAUGUCAAGAUGAAUAGGAUUAAGUUAGAUUAUUAUGCAUGGAAAGUUUAAUGAAUAUAGCAAAAAUUUUGAAUAGUGGUGAGAAUAAAACAAAUAUAUUACCUCUUAUUAUAUAAUCAGCUGAAGAUAAAUCAUGGAGAGUAAGAUUAGCAUUAUCUAAAAUAUUUGCAGAUGUAAAAUAAUUAAUAAUAUUUAAUUAGUUAGCUGAGGCUGUUGGUAAAGAAAUUGCUGAUUCAUCCCUUAUUUAAAUAUUCUCUAAUUUGUUAAAAGACACAGAAUGUGAUGUUAGAGUCAUAGCAGUUAAAAGUUUAGCUAGAUUUAUUAAAUUUGUCUCACCAGAAAAAUUAAAUUUAAUUGUUCCACUUUUAUAACUCUUAUCUAAAGAUCCUUUUUCUUAAGUUAAAUGUAUUGAUUAUUUUUUAUUUUAGAAAAUGCAUGUGAAGUUAUUGGUUAAAUUGCUACACUUUUACCAAAAGAAUAUAGUCAAAGCAAAUUAUAAUAAUAUUUAAUUGAUUUAAUGGCAGAUGACAAUUAAGAUGUAAGAAGAAAUGCAGCAAAAUCUGCAGGCCAAUUUGCAUCUGCUAUUGGUCCAGAAGCUUUAAAUCAAUUUGUACCUUUUCUCAAAAAAUCUAUGGAUGAUCCUAAAUGGAGAGUAAGAAAAGAAACUAUGCAAACUAUUAUUUAAUUAGCUUUGUACAAUUUCAAUAAUUUAUUAUUUUAAGGACUGUCAAAAAUCCAGAUGUUUUUAAUAAGUAAUUGGAAUCAGUUUUUGUAAUGUUUUUAAAAGAUAGAGCAGCUGAAGUUAGAUCUAUGGGAUUAAGUUAAUUACCUGCUUUGAUUGCUACUUAUAAAUAAGAAUGGGCUGUAGGAAACUUUUUAUCCAAAUGUGUUGAAACAUUAUCCAAAGAUGUUGGAUCAUUAUAUAGAAUCAAUGCACUUUAUGCAAUCUAAUAAAUUUCUUUUUCUGUUGAUGGCCCUGUUGCUUAAGAUAGAUUAUGGCCAAUUGUAUAAAAGUGUUUAAAAGAUCCUGUUCCAAAUAUUAGAUUUGUUAGCAUUAGGGUUGCUAAAUCUUUGUCAAAGAAAAUUGAUAACUAAUAAACUUUGAAUCAAAUUAAAUAGUAUAUUAUAAUUUAAUUAUUUAAUAGAGCAAUUAAUGAAUUAGUAGAAGAUCCAGAUAGAGAUGUUAAAUUUUAUGCAUAAGAAGCAUUAUAAAAUUGAA